AUGGAUGAUUUACUCCCCUCGUACGAAAGCGUUAUCCAACGCGACCCUUGGAUACUCGUCGCACCUUACCUAACCUCUAAAGAUCUCUGCUCUGCAGCGCUGGUGUGUCGAAAAUGGCACGAUAUUUUCACACGGCAUCUUUGGGGAAGUCCUGCCUCGCACUUUGGGGUGCAGAAUGAUACCGUCUACGUGGCACUCACAAGGUUCAAGCGUGCUUUGCCGCAUGUGCGUACCUUUGUACGAGAACUUACACAUACUUUACAUUUCCCCCCAGCGCAUGCGGAGCUGUACGAUGGGCCACAUGCGGAAUGGCUGCGUGACUGCCUCGAAUACCUACCACGUCUACAGUGCUUGAUUGUCGAUGGCCUUCCAUUCUUCGACCAUGCGUCUCUUAUAAGCCUGCGAUACCCAAGCUUACGAUGGAAGUCUACCCGGCCGAACAUCUUCCCAGUGUUCAGCUUGCGCUUGCUCGAUGCCUCGGGCUGUACAAACGCUACCUCAACAGGCCUUACGGAAGCAUUGCCACAUUUCCCAGAUCUUGUCUCUCUGGAUUUGUCAAAGACACCAGCUACAAAAGACAAGAAUUUUCUUCGGACGCUCACAUACCUCCGCAAUUUGCGCGUUCUCAACCUCAGAGGGUUGGGGUUGAGGGAUGAAGAGUUUUCGAUUAUUGUAUCUGGGAUUGGAAACCGCGUCAGAAGCCUUGACAUCAGUGACAACGAUUUGACUGAUGCUAGCGCACGGCUCCUACUCCAGUAUUGUGUCAAAGAGACGGUCAUUGCAGCACACAACUUUCAUGGCCCUUUGCCACCGGUUGAACUCGAACAAACAGGCGAUGAAGGGGAUUGUUUUGAGACAGAAAACAUCGUAAGCCAUCUUCGCAAGAAACUCACUGAAGGCUUCGUAGGCAGUCUUUCAAUCGAAGAAACGAGAGAUGGUAUAUCACAUCUCUACCUCUCGAACAACAACAUUACCAUAGAAGGCAUAUCGGGACUCUUGCGAUCAGGCCGCUUGCAGGUGCUCGAUGCGGGUAUAUUGUCUGCCACUAUCAAAAGUCCUGCCCGCGCUACUAUGGAAGCUGCAGAUGAUGAGGUAGCGCUGCCCGGUGUAGCAAAGCUGAUUCCCAUUCUUUCAAAGUAUGCGUCGCACAGAUUGAAGUACUUCAGAAUCAAUUACCAAAUCGUCACGGAUGAUGCGCCCCCCGUCAUGACGAGUGCAUUAUCACGAGGAGAACUUUGCGGGGAUUUGGGUACCUACAAACCUUCUGAUGCACACGAGCUAGAAGCAGUUGAGCCAUCAACACCUGAGCUUGACUCUCAGUUCACAACUAUCUAUGAAGUCUCCGGAGACUCAUCCUAUGCUGCUGAGCUCCCUGGAUCAAUUCCAACUCCCAAAACAUCCGAUCUCGCUACAUCGGGAUUGGGAACCAUGUCCAGGCAUGGAAUAAGCACCGGAGCGAGUCUUGCAAUCAACGCUCCUGAUCAACUACGCAGCAUCAACCGAGGUCCUGCCAACACGCUAGAUGUACGAACAGAAGAUUCUAGGGCAAGGUCACGGGCGCAUUCCUUCUACUACGUCGAGGACCGAAUAGCUAGGUUGGAUUUCCGACUGUCUCAAGAGAAUUGCUUGCAUCCUGGAAUGCUGCGGAAACUUCACACUAUUGUCUUGACCGAAGUGCCUGUAACCACUACGGACAGAUCUCUGAUCGACCGAAUCAUUCAGUUUAUCAAGGAUGCGUCUGAAGAAGAGAUGAUUGCGCGGCAACGAGCUAGACAUACUUAUGUACUACCACCCGGGCGCAAUCGUGCAAUCGCCGAAGAAGAGUAUGCACGAAACCUCUUUGCACUCCAACGUAUCGUACUGGAGAUGGCGCCCCCACAAGCAGCACCGAAGAAGAUAUCUAGCAGUUGGCGAGCAUAUCCCACAAAGUCGAGUACUCAAGACGCAGAUUCAGAAGCAUUUUGGGAAGCAGCGACGCACGACUUUUCUUUCUUCGACGACGAGGAAUGUGGGCAGCCGGGCUACGAGACCAGUCGCUCCCUGCCCUUGGCAGCUAUGAGCGGCCUUGAGCUUGCUCCCAGCCAAACCAUGUCAAGAACAGCGCCAAAGGAAGACACACCCGACACGAGACCUUUGCUAGAUGUAGUGGGGGAGAUUGGCAAGUUCAGAAGAGAAAGGAAGGCUAUGUACAGUGACUUGGUACAAAGAGGAGAAGUCGAUCCCGAUGUUGAGGGUUACUGGGCCGGGAAUAUCACGAUUAUGCGGAAGCCGGUGAAUGCAGAGGCAGGCGAACUUGAUUGCUAUGGCAAUCGGUAUGAGUCUGGGUGGUACUAUCGGUGA